AAUCGGAAGUUCAACCGGUGUUUCAGUGUUUGUUGUCCUUAGCUACAUCGAGCAUUAUACAGGGUCAUAUUCUUGGCAGGGUUUCUAACUUAAUUCAAAAUUCCAGUCCAGGAAACUACUUACGUUAGGUGCCAUACUGGCAAGAUGACGACAGAAGAUGCAAAAUCGUAUCUCUCCAAGCGAGAAAUACCCCGUUUGUUUGAGAGUCUGAUGACUGGAUUGAUGUACCACAGACCCACAGAUCAUAUCCAGUAUCUCAUAGACUGCCUGCAUAAAGUCCACGAGAAGGGGCAAGAAAAUAUCACAUGGAGCUCCUUUGUUGAUAUUCGACGCAGCAAAACACCGUUGCCGCCAAUCUCAAAUGGGGAGGUCAGACCAGGUUCAAAGGGUGGUGCUAGACCGUCAUCCAAAACCAGAGCUAAAGAAGACAAGGGUCCUGGACGAACUUCACCUCUACCUGACAUCCCCACUUCCAAAGUGGAAAAGGUCCAACUACCUGACAUACCAAUUGUUCUUGUGUUGGGCGCCCCAGGCACCAGUAAGGACAGACAGGUAGACGAGCUAUUGAAGCGCUACCCUGGCUGGAAACACCUGAACAUGGGCUCUCUGAUAAAGUCCGAGAUACAGAGGCGUGGCGAGGCCCACACCAAGUGGAAACUCACCAAGGACCUCAUGAGUAGGGGGGAGCCUGCGCCAGAGGACAUCACCAUAGAGACCCUGAUUUCUGGGCUGAAGGACUGCAAGUCUGCCAAGGGUAUCAUCCUCACAGGCUUUCCACGUACCCUGCAGCAGGUUGCAGACUACACUAAGGCGGUGUCUCGAGUGGAUGUUGUGUUUCUGAUUGACCUUGAUGAGAAGAAGGCUCUGGAUCGUCUCCUACAGAGAGGCCGCACAUCGAGUCGACCUGAGGACUCAAUGUCAGCCGUCACCACACGUUUAAACUACUUUAAAGCUCACACGUUACCUGCCAUAAAGCACUACGACGAUCAGGGAAAGCUCGUCAUCAUUGAAGGGGACGCAGGAGAAGACAUGGUCAAAUAUGAAUUCGGAAAGGCCUUUGAUAAAGUGUUUUUCAGCAAAUAUGGCUCUAAAGCAUUAGAUGCAAAGCCACCAACUUCAGACCCAAGCAUUCCAGACCCACCCACAUACAAAAAGGCAUUUGAAAAUGAAAGUAUGAGUCGAGAGAACAGCAUGGUGGGCGAUGACAAGCCACUGUUUGUCGGGGAGGUUCCAGAACCACCGACCAUCGUUGAAGCUGACACAGGCAGAAAACCAGGACUACCGGAGGGUCCAAUUAUAUUUGUGGCAGGUGGACCAGGCAGCGGCAAGGGUACGCAGUGUGCGCGGAUCAUCAAACGCUACCCAGACUUCGUACACAUCUCUGUUGGAGACCUGAUUCGUGCAGAGAUCUCUAACAAGGGUACAGCAGACCAGAAAUGGUCCAUGAUCUCUCAACUUGUCUCUAAGGGAGAAAUGGCCCCAGAGCAAGAGACAGUUGAACUAUUGAAGAAGCAACUCAUUAACAACAAGUCGGCCAAGGCAUUUAUCAUUGAAGGAUUCCCAAGAAAUAAGGCGCAAGUGGAGGCAUUUAACAAAGAGAUUGGGGGUCUCAAUUUUGUAAUGCUGUUUGACUGUGAAGAGUACUACAUGCAGAACAGAUUGUUAAAGCGCGGGCGUGAUAGCGGCCGUAUUGAUGACAACGCCACGGCGAUCGCAAAUCGACUGAACUUUUACAAAUACAACACACUUCCCAUCAUGAAACAUUAUGAGGAUGAAGGCAAACUUGUUUUGAGAAAUAUUGCUGAUCUCGAUGCGGACAGAGAUAUGGAUGAGAUGUUUUACGAUAUCAGUCAGACGUUUGACUUCGCUUUCUUUGGACGCAAGCCAGGGGAGACUGAAAAGAACAAAUCCGAGAGCAAAGCCUCAGAGGUGAAAAAGGACAACAAACCUAGCGGUAAGCCACAAACCUCCGAACAAGAAGAGGCAGCCAUGCGUAUCCAGGCCGGUUUCCAAGGUUUCAAAGCGAGGAAAGAAAUUGCAGCUAUGAGAGAGGCAAAGGACAAUUCAAGCCCUGUUCUAAAGAACAUCAAGGUCGUGUUCGUGAUCGGCGGCCCCGGAAGCGGAAAGGGCACCCAGUGCGAGCGAAUCGUGGCCAAGUAUGGCUUCACGCACCUGUCCACCGGCGACCUACUGCGAGCGGAAGUCGCGUCCGGGUCUGCCAGGGGAAAGGAGCUCACCGCCAUCAUGGAGAAGGGGGAACUUGUUCCGCUGGAUACAGUACUCCAACUCUUGAAGGAGUCAAUGCUCGCUAAGGCUGCAGACAGCAAGGGAUUCCUCAUCGACGGUUACCCGCGCGAAAUGGAGCAGGGAACCAGGUUCGAAAACGAGGUAACGCCCUGUCAGUUCGCGCUGUAUUUUGAAGUCAGCGACAUGACGAUGACGAAGCGACUUAUGGGACGUGCGGAGACGAGCGGUCGUGUUGACGAUAAUGAAGAUACGAUAAAGAAACGAUUGAAGACUUUCCACGACAUAACUACUCCGGUCGUAGAUUACUACGAAAAACAAGGAAAACUAAAGAAGGUAUCAGCCGAAGCGGGUCCCGCGGAAGUUUUCACACAGGUUGAAGGCAUAUUUGACGAAAUGCUCAAAUCAGGUUCAUCACCGUUGAAGGAUGCCAAAGUCAUCUUUGUUGUUGGUGGCCCUGGGUCGGGAAAAGGUACCCAAUGUGCGAAGAUCGUAGAGAAAUACGGUUUCUGCCAUCUUUCAUCCGGGGACUUGCUUCGGGAGGAAGUGGGUUCCGGUUCAGAACGAGGCAAGCGGCUGAACGAGAUUAUGGAGAAAGGAGAGCUCGUAUCUCUUGACGUAGUCCUUGAGCUGAUCCGAGAGGCGAUGGAAAAGAAGAUGUCGGAGACCAAGUGUUUCCUCAUCGACGGGUAUCCGCGUGAGAUGAACCAGGGUACGCGCUUCGAGAAAGAGAUAACGGAAUGCAGCAACGUGCUGUAUUUCGAGGUGUCAGACGACACCAUGGUAAGUCGUCUGAUGGAGCGCGGCAAGACCAGCGGGCGCGUGGAUGACAACGAGCAGACAAUAAAGAAACGUCUGCAGACGUUCCACAACCAGACGCAACCAGUUAUUGACCAUUACACUGGCAAGAACAAAGUGGUCAAGAUUUCUGCUGAAGGAGGCGUAGACGCAGUUUUCACGGAGGUGCAGACCUUCAUGAACAGCAAGUCGUGGUGAUUGGUUGCUAUAAAUAGAACCGAAUCUAAAAAUAACCUCGUACGCACUCCGCAAUGGUAGAACAUUUAUUAACAUUUUGAGAUUUCUUUAUUUUCGUCUUCUAUUCGGUGUUUCUGUGUUCGCAAUUAUUCUAUUGAACUAACACUGUUUGUUAUUAUUAAGCAAACGAAUUAACUUUUUUAAUGAAAUGCGUCACUUGGAAACUGUGACUUGAAAGUCGAUAUUGAGAAGAGUUUUGCUAUUUUCUUAUCAAGUUUGAGAACAUCGUUUAAUAAGCUCUGCAUGUAUGCUAUACGCUUUUUCUUGUACAAUAUAACUUAAUCAGCAUACACAUGUUCAUACUAGUAUUUCUCUACACCGAAUGGCUAUAUGAAAAUUCACGUUUUGAACAAAUUGCAUUGGCCGCUGUAAUCAGCAAUCCGAUAUUCUCUUCAUUUGAGUCAAACUCUAAACGUUACUUGUUUUCGUCCUUAUCGCUUCUUUUCCAUUCCGUGUCUCUGUGUUUACUUAAGGAAACACAUAUGUUUCCCGUGCCUUAUCUCUUUGAACUUUCUGAAAGCGUAGUUUCUUCAAAGUUGUCAUAAGGGCGUAGGUUUUUAAGUAUAUCUUUGUGUUCUUGCUCACGUAGUUCGUCACUUCACAACAAUGUAUUGCGUUUUUUAAAUUCUUAUUCUCUAUAUGAUAAAUAUUCGAAUGAUUGUUUGUGUUGAAUAGGUGUAAAUAAGGACAAUAACUAAUUAACCCUUUUGAUGUAUUUUAUCACGAUAUUACGCCUUUAUUGCCUCCUACUUUUGAAAUUAGGUAUUCAGUUUCAAAAAAUAAAUAUUAAGAUAAUAUUUAAAAUGAUAUUUCAAUAAAGUUUAAAUUGGGGUAUUAAGAUUCAAAUAGCUGUCGACAAGCUCUUAAAUUAUACUUAAGUAUAUGUACAAAUUUACUUACUUACUUCUGUCCACAUGUACAUACAAUAUAUUUUAUUCGUUACCUUGUAAAUAGGGUUUGAAGUUGACCUGUUUUGUUAUCAACUAAAAUUCUCAUUUUUCAAGGAUAGUUGUUUUGUUUACUCCUGUUUUGUUGCAGCCUUUUCUGUGAUAGGACCCAUGUUCAUAAAUUGUGUCUUGUUCUGUGAAAACUGGGCAUAAUGCAUGUGCGUAAUGUGUCGUCCCAGAUUAGCCUGUGCAGUCCGCACAGGCUAAUUAGGGAAGAAAAAUUUCCGCUAAAACUAGAUUUUCGGUAAAAAGGGACUUCCUUUAAACGAAAAAUACCAUUAAAAGGGACUGCACAGGCUAAUUUGGGACGACACUUUAGGCACAUGCAUUUUACCCAAUUUUCACAGAACAAGACACAAUUAUACAAAUACUUUAUUAUUUAUUUUUUUAUGUUUCAGCUUCCAUUGAUUUUUCAAAAGUUAGCUUAUAACCUAUUGUAACUUAAAAUGUAUUAUUAUUGUUAUUUGUUUAUUAAUUUCACUUAUCAUUUAAUACUCCCAUACAACUUUUUACCCGAUGCUUCAAACUUGCUUGUUUUAAUUUUAUCGUUGGUUCCAGGUGCAUAAUUGUUCAAUAAAUGCGCUCUGAAUCUUUCAUUUUAUUGCCGAUACAAAUGCAUAUUAUUAAUCGUUCAUAUUUUGCUUUUAUCGAUUCCGAUAGUUUGUCGCGGACGAUCUGAUAUUUUUCCUUAAAUUAUUUUUCAAUAUUUUAUGAAACGCAUAUGACCUUUUUUCCUUUUGCAAUUUAUUUAAAUUUUGGUUAUCGAUUGUGUAUUUUAAGAUAGUUUAUGCGUUUGCCAUCUUUUCUUUAUUGAUGACUUAUUAUAUAAGUUUUUAAAUUAAAUGCAAGUACAGAAGUGAACUAUCAAUAUGACAAGAGCCUACCUUCAAUCUAUAUUGGUGUUGUGAUAUCUAAAUGUUCAUGCUUUUACAUGUACAACAGACUUAAUCUUAUAUUUUUAGAUUACAUAUGUGCCUAAAUAAAGUAUAUUAACGCAACGGUC